GUGAAAGAAAACAGGAGAAAAGAGGACGACAGAAACUUGAAACACUUAUGAAGGAGUGUGUCAAAUAGAAAAAAAACUAUCCAAGCUGGAGGACGACAACAACACAGAAGCCCCUGAGGCCUACAUGGACGAUGGGGCGUUUACCACCAUCUCUCUGGCAGACGACUCAGCCAACAGUGGAUCUGCAGCCCUGUAUACUAAACAGGAGGACGAUCUCUUCAUCAUGAACUGUGACAUAGAUGGAGACCUGGAGAACCAGGCUGAGAUGGAGGAGAAGACGAGGUUGAUCAAUCAGGUUUUGGAGCUGCAGCACACACUGGAAGACCUGUCUGCUCGAGUCGACGCAGUAAAGGAGGAGAACCUGAAGUUAAAGUCAGAGAACCAGGUUCUGGGUCAGUACAUCGAGAACCUGAUGUCAGCCUCCAGCGUCUUCCAGACCACCGACACCAAGAGCAAGCGCAAGUGAGGCUGUGUCAGACGCGCACGGUGGAUUUCCAGGGACACGGAGAAGGCGGGAGGGAGGGAUUCCUGUAACCAUUUUACCCGAGUCAGAACUAAACUAAUGUAAAUAAUGAAAAUAGUGUUUGUAAAAAGUUUUGUUUACAUUUGAACGCACCAACAUUUGGGACAUUUUCGUUGAGUCUCGACUAAACGUAAUGUUCAAAAUUAAGUUAAACAUUAAAAAAAAUGUUACAAAGAAACUUAUCAGCAUAAAUUUUAUUUAUUUUGUAAAAUAUGUUGUUUGACAGCUGGAUCUGGUACUUCAGUUGGUCUUUUUUCCCCCCUUCGUGAUUCCAACUGUAUUCCUCUGCUUGCAGCUCAUUAGCUGACCAGUGUUAUGCAGAAUUAACAAUUGUAUGACAACAGCAUGUAUAAGGAAUAAGUAUUAACAUAUCUAAUGAACUGUCAUUAAAUUUAGCUCUAAACUGGAUAAAGCUGAGGAAUCUUUAGUGAUGCUUGGAAAUCAGCUUCCAGAGCUCAGUGAUGACAGAAAAGCACAGAAGCUAAAAGCUAAAGACGUCACAAUCAGUGUUUGGAUUGCUACUAAAAGAACUCUUUAAGUUUCAGUUUUAACCAAGAAAUUAUAAAUGAAGCUAAAUCGAGUUUAAAUUUAGUGCUUUUGGUUCCUCUACUUGUGAUGGAGGAAGAUAGAACAGGUGAAGUAACAUGA